CCUUGAUAUAGGGAGUCUCUCCAACCGGACACACCAACCCCUGUAUUCAUACGAGCAAUGAGGUCGUACCCAUUGGGCACACCUAAUAAUAAUGUUAGUAAAGGUUCCUAUUUUACUGGUUGUAUCAAAUUGGCCGACAAUUAUACCCGAAGAAAGGCUGAAGAUUUUGAGUUCAAGUAUGUGAUCGAUAGCCAACCCAUAGACACGUCUGAGAGGAAUGACACAAACGAGUCAAAGAUAUCAUCGGAUGAUCAGUUCAAUAGUGCCGUCAAUGAUCUGAAGAUUAGUUGGGUUUCGAUAUUAAAGGGAAAGGCGUCCGAAGACCUGUUCAAUGAAUUACUCGAAACUAAUGAGUCAGAUGUCAAUCAAAUGAGGCUAUUAUUGGCGCGAAUGCGGGCACUGGACUCGGACUCCCGGCGCUCGCAGCACUUGUAUCGACAGAUAUGUUUGGCUAACAAAGUGCUAGAUUUGUGUAAAAUUCACGAUUUGAUGGCAUCUCAUGUG